CCUACUCGUUGCAAAUGGAACAAUUUUGUCAAAUAUCAAGCUGAUAUCAUCAAAAAAAUCUCUGCUCCUUACAAAACCAUCAACGUUACAAUCAAAUUUCGUUGUCCUAAUUACUGCGCGCAACGUUCCCCAAACGCCAAAGUUGAUGCACUUCUCAGACUAAGCGCUUCGAUCGAAAAAACAGGAUUACUGCUGGUCGCAAUCUCCGCUCCAACAAAUGCUGGUGUUGAAAAUAUUGUUCACAAAUUGUUACAACUAUCAGAUAUCAGUCCAAACUGCUUACUGAUUCGAGAUAAAUCUGUCAUCCAUGGGAUACACUGA